AUGGCCGAAUCCCUUCUUUUCGCAUUCGCAGAAUCACUGUUAGGAAAGCUCGCUUCUCGUGCUGUUGAAGAAGCUUCUUUGGCGCUUGGUGUGCAUGGCGAGCUACAACAGAUGAAAGCAACUAUGGCACUCAUCAAAGGUGUGCUGUUAGAUGCUGAGCAAAAGAUGGCGCAGAGCAGUGCAUUGAGCGAAUGGCUGAGACAGAUCAAGCACGUCCUCUCCGACGCGGAAGACAUAGUGGAUGAUUUUGAGUGUGAAGCGCUGCGGAAGCACGUUGUCAACACAAAUGGUAGCUGCUCAAGGAAGGUACGCCGUUUCUUCUCUUCAAGUAAUCCUCUUGUUUAUCGUCUUAGAAUGGCGCAUCAGAUAAAAGACAUCAAGCAGAGGUUGGAGAAAGUUGCAGCCGAUAGGAACCUGUUUGGCCUUCAAAUCAUUGACCGAGAUACACGUGCUGUGCACGUGAGGGAAAUGACUUAUUCUCAUGUAAACCCUUCCAAUGUUAUAGGAAGGGAGCAUGAUAAACAGAAAAUCAUAAAACUUCUGCUGCAAGAUGGUCAUCAUGGAAGUCUUUCUGUUAUUCCCAUUGUGGGAAUGGGAGGCUUGGGAAAGACCACACUUGCAAAGCUGGUGUUCAAUGAAACUAGCAUUGAAGAAUGUUUUCCGUUGAAGAUGUGGGUGUGUGUCUCUAAUGAUUUUGAACUUAGGAAUGUGCUUGUUAAAAUCCUUAAUUCUGCUCCUAACCCAACUAAGGAAAACUUCAAUAACUAUGAGACGGAGCAACUUCAAAAUCAUUUGAGAAAUACUCUUCGUGGUCAAAAGUUCUUGCUUGUCUUGGAUGAUGUGUGGAACGAGGAGCGUGCUAGAUGGGAUGAGUUGAAGGAAAUAAUAGAUGUGGAUGUUGAAGGGUGUAAAAUUCUGGUGACUACUCGUAGCCACUCAAUAGCUGACAUGAUGCGCACUAAAUCCUCAAACUCUUACCUUCUAGGUUGCCUUUCUGGGGAGGAUUCUUUUUCUCUAUUCGUCAAAUCUGCUUUUGAAGAUGGAGAUGAGAAAAAACAUCCACAACUGUUGGAGAUUGGGAAAGAAAUCGUAAAAAAAUGUGGAGGGUUACCGUUGGCAGUGAGAACGUUGGGGAGUUCACUGUUCUCAAGGGUUGAUAAGAAAGAGUGGGAGUUUAUCAGAGACAAUGAGAUUUGGAAUUUAAGACAAAAUGAUAAAGGAAUUCUGCCUGCUCUCAAACUGAGUUACGAUCAACUGCCUUCAUAUAUAAAACCAUGCUUUGCUUUUUUCUCCCUCUUCCCAGAGGACACCAAAUUUUUAUGUUCUACUGUUUCUAAGGUGUGGGGAGCACUUGGUUUCCUUCCAACUCCAAAAGAAAAUGAAUCGACUAUUGAUAUUGCCAGUCAAAUUUUGAAUGAGCUAUUGUCAAGAUCUUUUCUUUCUGAUUAUAUUGACGUGGGGGGUGACUGCUCCUUUAAAUUACAUGAUUUGGUGCAUGAUCUUGCAUUGUAUAUUGCGAAAGGUGAGUUUGAAAUGAUAAAUCCCCUCAAUCCAAAAUCUUCCGAGUAUGUCCAACAUUUGGCAUUCAUGGAAUGUAAUUUGCUUGGUCAAGCUCUUCCUCCAACAGGUCUAAGAUAUAUGUAUUUUCCUAAAGAAGCCAACAAUGAAGCUUUCUUGAAUCUAUUAGUGGCAAGGUGCAAAUACUUGAGAGUUUUAGUCUUAGGUUUCUCUGACUACGAGAGUUUGCCGCGCUGUAUUGGAAAGUUGAAACAUUUAAGAUAUCUGAGUCUUUCGGGUAGUGAAAAACUUAAGGAACUCCCUGAUUCGGUCUGCAAACUUCAAAAUUUGCAAACUUUGAACCUUCGUGGAUGCAUAAAGCUACAACAAUUACCGAAAGGAAUAGGAAAUCUAAUCAGUCUUCGUCACCUGGCUAUAACCACCAGCCAACCUGAUUUUCCUGAAAAAGAGAUUGCAAGUUUGACUUCUUUAGAGACUUUGCAUUUUCAGAAGUGUGAUAAAGUGGAGUCACUGUUCAAAGGGAUGCAACUUCCCAAUCUUAAAAGUUUGGGUUUAGAUGAAUGUGACAGUUUAAAGUCGGUGUCGUUUCAUGCUGUUAGAAAUUUAGAGGUUUUGAUGAUCUCCAAGUGCAGUAAGUUGGAAUUGUCAAUGGGCCUUAACAGCCAAAUCCCCGAUUCAAGGUUAAAGUUUCUUUUGCUCAUUGAUUUACCACAGUUGGUCACUUUGCCUCCGUGGUUGCAAGGAUCUCUCAACACUUCACAUUCAUUUUGUAUAAUUGACUGCGUCAAUCUGCAGGAGCUUCCUGAAUGGCUGUCAACUAUGGUUUGUCUCAAAUUGCUUUCCAUUGAAAAUUCUCCAAAACUGUGCUCACUCCCUGAGAACAUCCAUCACCUCACAAAUCUUGAAUAUCUACGAAUCGCUGGUUGCCCGGAAUUAUGCAAAAGACUCCAAGCAGAAGAUGGACAAGAAUGGCAUAAAAUAUCUCACAUCAAAAAAGUUAUUGUUGGUGGUGAACUGGAAAAGUUCUGA